AUGAGACCUUCUACUCUCCUUCUCGCUGCCUCCGGCUCUGCAGUCCUUGCUGCUCCUACUCCCAGUCUUAUUGGAGACUUGCUGAGUCUGACAACCAACGUCAUCACCACCGUCACCUCCACCAUCACCAACAACCUUGCUCAGCAAGUCGCAGCUCUUGGCUGCACUCUGCAAACCAACGCCAACCAGCAUGGUCAAAUUCUCAGCUCGGUCGCUCUUACCAUUGAAGCCAUUGAGGUUGCUGCCAAGAGGUUCACCCAAAACUGCAACUGGUCGAAGCCUGGAAAGCAGUAUAUCAACUGGUCAACCUACAAGGCCAACGGUGUCAACCUCGGCGCCUGGCUUGAGAUUGAGCAAAACUACGAUACUCAGUGGUGGGCUGACAAUGUUGGCUCAUUCCCCGAUGAAUGGACUUGGUGCUCGACUGUAGGCUUCUCGGUCUGCGGACCUAUCCUUGAGAAGCGCUACGCUUCUUUCUUCACCAUUGCCGAUAUCGACAAGAUGGGCGCCAAGGGCAUCAAUACUCUGAGAAUCCCUACCACGUAUGCUGCCUGGACCAAGGUCCCUGGAAGCCAACUCUACUCCGGCAACCAGCAGGCCUACCUCAGAGUCCUCAUCGAUUACGCCAUCGACAAGUACAACAUGCACGUUAUCGUCGGUCUUCACUCCCUGCCCGGUGGUGUCAACACCCUCUCCAUCGGUGAAGCCUUCGGCCACGACGGUUGGUUCCAGAACAGCACCAACCUCGACUACAGCUUCAAGGCCAUUGACUCCAUCCUGACUUUCAUCAAGACCUCUGGCCGCCAGAACGCCUUCACUAUCGCUCCCAUCAACGAGGCUAGCGACAACUUUGCUGGCUUUGCUACCCCUGCUGGUCUGACUGAUGCCGGUGUCAACUGGAUUAACACAUACAUCAAGGGUGUCCUCUCUCGCAUCGCAAAGGUUGACAAGAGAAUUCCUCUCAUGCUUCAAGACUCCUUCUUCAGCGAGAUGUUCUGGUCUCCUUUCUACCCCGCUGGAACCAACCUCGUUAUCGACUCCCAUAUCUACUUCUUUGCUGCUGCUGGCGCUUACUCUCAAUACGUGCCUGCUGCUGUCUGCGGACAGGCAAAGUACAUUGGUCAGGGCGAUGGCAAGUUCCCUGUUUUCAUCGGCGAGUGGUCCUUGCAAACGCUUUACAACAACUCUUUGAGCAACAGAAAGACUCUGUAUGAUACCCAGGUCUACGCUUACCAGAAGUAUGCCUCGGGUGGUGCUUUCUGGAACGGAAAGAUGCUUAAUACUGUUGAUGGUGUUGAUGGCGAGGGCAAGCUCCAGGACUACUGGUCUUGGGAGGGUCUUGCUGAUGCGGGUGUUGUUUCUAACACUGUUGACCAGAGCUACUGCUAG